CGCCGCGAAGAGAGAAAAGAAUCAGAAGGGAAUAGGACGUAAGAUGCCGGCACGAGAAAACGUAGCCAAGCCAAGUGGGCCGCCAGGGCGCAGCGGCAAGGGGGCCAUGAGACCAAGAGAAGAUGUGGUACCGGCGGGACAAAGUGUCGGGGACCAUGUGAGACCAAGAGAAGAUGUGGUGCCGGCGGGACAAUGUGUCGAGGACCAUGUGAGACCAAGAGAAGAUGUGGUGCCGGCGGGACAAUGUGCCGGGGACCACGUGAGACCAAGAGAAGAUGUGGUGCCGGCAGGACAAUGUGUCGGGGACCACGGGACACCAAGAGAAGAUGUGGUACCGGCGGGACAAAGUGUCGAGGACCACGUGAGACCAAGAGAAGAUGUGGUGCCGGCGGGACAAUGUGCCGGGGACAACGUGAGACCAAGAGAAGAUGUGGUGCCGGCGGAACAAUGUGCUGGGGACCACGAGAGACCAAGAGAAGAUGCGGUACCGGCGGGACAAAGAGUCGGGGGCCACGUGGGGCCUAGCAAAGGGGCGGCACCAAUGGGUCAGGUGUCGGGGAUCGCCUAGGAGCAAGCAAAGGGGCGGCAUUUAUGAGUUGAGUGUCGGGGACCACGUGGCACCGAUGGGACUAGUGCCGGGGACCAUGAG